AUGAAUACAUCAUUGGAUAAUCAAACUGACAGUAUUGUUGAAACCCGAUUUCAGGAUAAAACAGUCAUUGUAACUGGAGCUGGAUCAGGUAUAGGUCAAGCUAUUGUUAUACGGCUUGUUGCUGAAGGUGCAUUCGUUCUUGGUAUUGAUCUUAAUGAAGCUGGAUUGAAACAAACAACAUUAUUAACAUCACGACCAGAACGUGUAUCAAUUGCUGUCGCAUCUGUUACAGAUGAACAACAAAUUACCGAAAAAGUUAAUGAAUAUAUUGCUCGUCAAGGUCGUCUCGAUGUUCUUAUUAAUAUGGCUGGUAUUAUGUGUGCAACUAUAGCAACAGAUACUACACUUGAACAAUUUAGAUCUGUUAUUGAUACGAAUUUAGUUGGCACAUUUCUUAUGUGUCGUGUUUGUCUUCCUCAUUUAUUAAUUACGAAAGGUAAUAUUGUGAAUGCCGCUUCAACAGCUGGUCUACAUGGUCAUCCUUAUAUGGUAGCAUAUGCAGCUAGCAAAGGAGGUGUUAUUGCAUUAACUAAAUCUUUAGCAAGAGAAUAUAUUCGACAAGGUGUACGUGUUAAUGCAGUUGCACCAGGAGGUACUGCUACGCCGUUAGUUUUUACAAUGAAAUUUCCAGCUGGAAUAGAUCAAAGUUUAUUCGCUAAUUUGCAAUUACCUGAUAGAGCAAUGGCACAACCAUCACAGAUAGCUGCUGUUGUAGCUAUGAUUGCCUCUGCAGAUGGAUCAUUCAUUAAUGGCGAAGUGAUUCGAAUCGAUGGAGGCUGUCAUACAUAA